AUGCAAGCAAAAGAUUUACGUAUACUCAUUGGUGAAGCAAAGCCGAUUAAUGAAAUAACUGAUCCAGCACAACGUGAUGCUCGAGCACACAUUAUAAAUGCAUUUUCAAUGAUGAACGCAGAUGGUAGUGCGCCACGUUCAGUCGAUUUUCAUUCGUUUCGUGGUGCAUUUACACCAGAGUUUUUUCCACGACGAUUUGCUUUGAAAGACUCGAUAUAUUCUCAGCGACUUGAUUUAUUAGCAUUUUUACUACGAAACGCUCUCUACCGUUUUUCAACAUGUUCACCACCAAUUAAAUAUUGUGAAUUUUCUGUUGGUUGUGGUGAUUUAAGUCGUCCUUGGAUAUUUGAUAUUUUAUUGACAUUUUCUAAUGCUGAACCAAUCAGUGAAUUAAAAAAACUAGUUAAUAACAAUCAUUUUCCAUGGCUCAAAACAGAUGGUUUUGAACGAGCUAUUGACUAUCGAUUUCUGGCAGGAUUUAAUCGUCGAAUAUCACGAGUCAGUCAUGGUUAUUCAGUUGACGAAGCCGUUGCAUUUUUAUUUGAAGUACCGCAUAAUGCGAUUCAUGUUCCAAUCGUUCUAUCUACUGAUGAUGACGGAAUAUGGCCUAUUGACAAAUGUCCAUUAGAACAUCAGGAACAUCAUUCUUUAGCAGCAGAAUAUUGUCGUGCAAUUACCACUCGUUUUAUAACGAAAAAUCAUUUGAAAAAUAUGAUUAAAAAUUCAAAGCGUUUCUGCUUUACAUACGGAAAAGCUUUACCAAAAGAGAAAUCUCAGAAAACAAUCACAGUUCGAGACAUCAAUGAAGGCGAUUAUUUUCCCACGGAUAUCAUUGUACAUCCAGAUGUUUUACGAAUGCUUCUUGCUAGGAUACCACGUAGCGAUAUAGAUUUAUAUCCUUGCUUGAAAUAUUAUCAAACAUUGUACAAAUUAAAAAUACCUCCUUCUAAAAGUCGAGAUUUUGAUGACGAUGAAAGUCGAGAUUCUGAUGACGAUUGGAAAAAGCAGUGUCAACUUAUAGGACCUGAUCAGCGAUCUGAGUUGGUACAUAAUGCAUGUGAAAAUGUAUAUUUGCAACUAAUGAACGAUACUCCUGGUCAAGGUGCACGCAUGCAAGUAACGAAAGACAAUGAAAGUUUUUUAUUUUGUUCUGAAGUACCAAAUAAUCGUAAAGGUGUUCCAAAUUUCUUGCUGAGCACUAUAAGAGAGUUUAUUACAAAGAACACUUCGAAAGCUACAAUAUUCAGCUUUCUUCCGAAUAUUGAUGUAAAUAAUUCAAAAGUAAUAUCGGACCUUCAAAAUAUUGAUAAAAGUAUAACAAAUAGAAAGAUCGAAAUUUUUAUUCAUACGAACACUGAAAAAGAUAUAACUAUUCCUCGCAUGACAAGUGGAAAGCUACUUAUUAAUAAUAAACCUAAUCAACGCACGGGUCCAGCACAAGAACAAAUUCAAUGUGCACUCUAUGCUGUUUGUCCACAUGGAAGUGUAGCAACUGCCGCCUUGCAUUUUAUUGCACAACACAGCGACAAUAAGAGUUUAGUUUUCGAGCGACAACAUCUAAGCGAGCUUGGUUCUGGUAUACAGUUAGCUGUUGGUGCGAUGUGA